UUAAAAAUCAGAGUCAUGGUAAUCUGGCUUUUGAAUAAAAUUCAUCUUUAUAUAAUACUUUAGUUACGUACUUUUCACGUUACCCUUUCACCCCAUCAUAAACUACGUACAUGCAUGCAUACACUGCUCAAUCAUAUGCUUAAUGUUUAAUAUAAUUUAUUCUAAGACAUACUAUAGUCUACAUAUUAUGUAUGUCUACGAGAGAAUAGUAAGUACAAUGCUUCGUGUUGCGGCGAUAAGAUACAUUGAAUAUAAUAGUCUCUGAGGAUGUCCGAUCGACAUAGCUCCUCCUUGGUAGAAAAAACACACACAAACACAUGCAUGCAUGCCGGGCAAAAAGAACAUAAUCUUUAAGAUGCUUCAAUCAAAUCCACUUAUAAAAAUAAAAAUCCUAAAUAUGAAGUCCAGAAAUUCAAAGGAACAUUGAAGAUAUCCAUAUGUCUUUUUAGUUUAAAACCUUAUCCCAUUUCCCACAACAUCGUUAUCUACUUUGUCUAAAAUAAUAAAACACCUACAAACUACUUGGUAUUGCUUUUGUGAUCAUUAGUUUACUUUUUUAUUUGAUGAUUAUUAUUAGUUGCGCCGGCCUAUAUCAGCUGGAAAUAAUGGGACACAAAGGACUCGAACAAAGGCAAAAGCAUUGUGACAACCAAAUAGUCACAUUUAUCAUAUCUAUCGAAAUGGAGAUUACUUCAAAUUAAAUGCAUUGUGGCAAAAUCAAAACAGUGAUGAUGCAUAUGUUUCUGAUUUCUGAGAUCGUUUAUGAAUCAGGUAAAAAUACUAAAUGGAAGAAAAGCAUACAAAAUCAUUUAAUUUCUUAUACUUUUUUGAACAAAGGUGAUUUAAUUUACAUUGAUUUGUUCCGAUUUUCUUAAACUCGUGGGAGAAAUAUACAUAUACAAAAUCAUAUACUCCUAUCUUUUCUUUUCCAUGUUUCAAUUUAUCUAUUUGACCCACAACCUUCUUAAUACAUUGACUGCAUGCAUUGCUGUGCAAAUUAGACAAGUAAUUAUAAUUAAGAUAGAAAGAAUAAAGCAUAAUGAUAAUUACAUAAUUAUCGUUGAUCCGCCGACUUUGGUAAACUCGAACUAAUUGGCCCCCAAAAAAAUAAUUAAAUAAAUCUAUAAAAAAGGAGGAAUAAGACAGAUGUGAAUGGAAAGAAAGUUGGUGUUUUAAAGCAUGUAGGAGAGUUGGGUGAUAAUGAAAAUCAUGUGAGUGCAUGUGCAACGAGUUGUAUUUUGGUGACAUAUCCUCUAAUCUACGCUAAACCCUAAUUAAUACAUCACUUAAAAAUACAAAACAAUUUAAAACACCCUUGUGGACACUUGUCCAAAUAUCAUCCAAUUCUUUUGGGAUAGAGAAGAGAACCUUCUCAGCAAGCUGUCAUCUCCAUUUUAAGCUAUAUCUAAAGGUCACUUACCUUUAUAUGCCUAUAUAAACUAAGGCCAUCUCAUAUUUGCAUCAUAUUAUACCAUCUUAAAUCUUAAUAGAGUUCUUAUCGGUUGUCUAUACAACAUUCAACAUAUUAACCCGAGAAAAACAUUCUUUCAUCGUUUUAAAAAUAAUGGGAGGAGUAACAUUAGAAGGACAAAGAAAGGAAUCAAUUUGGGUUCUGAUGAGAAGACAAAGAGCACGAAGGGCACUUGUGAAGAAGAUCAUGAUCCGACCCAAGAAAAGUGUGGAAGCUAUUAGAAGACCGUCUCGCGCCAUUCAUAGACGAGUCAAGACUCUGAAAGAGCUUGUUCCCAACACUAAAUCAUCUUCAGCAGGUUUGGAUGGACUCUUAAGGCAAACGGCUGAUUAUAUUUUGGCUUUGGAAAGGAAAGUGAGAGUCAUGCAGACUAUGUUUCAGGCUUUGACCGAAACUGAUUGUGUUUAACGACCUUAUUAACAUUUUGUAUAUCUUGAUGGAGUUUUAAACUUUAUUAUAAUUGUUCGUGUUUAUUUAAUUGUCUUGAGUGGUUGUAUUGUGCUAUGUAGAAACAAAUUCGGGGUGUGUUGCUGAUUUGAGACCGAUAUACAAAUUCAGGAAAUAUAUAUGAUUUGGGAAGAAUAUCUGAAACCUAAUUGAUAAUUCGAUAAAUAUUGUUCCAUGGGAGUAUGCGGAAAUCAUUAACGAAGACUUACAGAAUUCUUGUAAAAAGAGGCGUCUAUGUAUAUAAAUAAGAAAGAACGCAACACAAGUCCGUUUUAUAAACAAUGAAGAAUCUGUUUAGUUAGAAAAGAAAUACAAAGGAGACCAACACAAUUAGUAUUGAACCAAUAAAACCCACAACGAUGUUGUAUUGAGAGAAGAACGUUAAACGUUGGGCUUUGUAAGUAUUAUGUAGGCCAUGAAUUAACGCCACAAAUGUUUGGUCCAUAAAAUAAUUCCCAUUGAGUUAUCUGCGUCAAUUAGUCCGACAAAAUAUUUUAGAAAUAAUCUAGCAUUAUGUUUGCUGCGGCGAUUAACAAAUAAAAUAAGAUCUCAAAAUGCGUUUACCUUAACUUACCCAUGUGAGAUACCAACACAACGUUUAUUAAUUUUUGUUUUAACUCAUUCACAGCUUCAUUUUAGUAUUGUAAAAGAUCUUAAUUGAGUCAACACAUGAGAUAAGAGUUGCGUUUUGAGUAUUUCCUUUCAAUUAAAAUAGCAAAAAGGCAUUCAAUUAGGGAUUUGAUUGCUACUUGUGAAUUCACGAGACAAAAGUAUCCAUGAAAAACAAAAUGCUGUGACAUAUCCCUUGAUUCAUGCCUUCUCUACUCCUCUGGAAGGUUUCUCUUGAUAGGGAACACAUUUAGAUUUAAAUACACUAUAUAUGAUUUAAAAUGCAUAUAUAGUCACGUAUUAUGUACAUUGUAGUGUUCUACUUUAUGAUAUGACGUAUGAUAUAUUAAAAAUAGCGAUGAAGUAAUUAAUAAUAAUUUGAGACAUACGUGAAUAAGUGGUAACAUAUUAUAAAGUUCAUCCAUAUAAUUUUUUCAUUGAGAAAAUAAUCAUCCAUAUACAGUUCUUUCGACGCCAUGUGCACCAGAAUACCAAAUUUGUUUUGUGUGUGGCAAUGGGUAUGCAUAAAUUAAUAUAAACACUAAACAAUAAUAUAUAUACGUGUCUAUCUAUAUAGUGGAACGUGAAGUAUUAACUUUUAAAUUCAAAUAUAUAUCAACGGCCUGACUAUAUUAUAUGAUAUAUGUC